AUGCACUUCAAGAUAGGAGCUACCUUGGCUGUUUUGGCUGCUAGACAUGUGAUAGCUGUCUCGCAAAUAACAGAUGAUGAGAUGGGUUCACUCCUCGAGGUAGGCGGCCUAGAGUUAGCAGACCGCUACGCGCCCAUGUGGUUCUUUGGGCAAGCCCUGAAUCAGCCACCUUGUUAUCCAACAUGGGCAUAUGGCGGCUCACCGGACACGGCGGACAUCUACGAUGAUGCCCACAAGACACCGGGUGUACCGCAGUGUGAGUAUCCUGAUGUUGGGUGCAAUUGCCGCCAGCCUGGCGUUCCUGCCGGAAAUCCGGGGCCUCAAUUUCCUGUUUAUUAUACAUACAAGCGAUGUAGCGAGACCGAGGUGCGCGUUGCAUAUAAUCUCUUUUAUGAGAAAGACGGGGCAGAUUUUGGUGCGAUCAAGACUGGACAUGACUACGACUGGGAGAGAGUGAUAAUAAUCCAUUCUCGGGAUGGAAGCAACAUGUGGGCGCCAUCGCGAGCCCUGCUCUCUGCGCAUAGCGGAUACCACAAACUGGCCUGGGGCGAUAUCCAAAACACCUUAACGACCGAGGAGGUCAACGCUGGAAAUGCUAACGAGCCGAACGGUGUGCGGAAUAAUGAUCAUCCCAAGGUGUAUGUAGCGUGGUCGAAGCAUGCUCAUUUCGAUACUCGCAAUACCGGCUGGAAUGACCCGGCGAGUCAGUCGCUAGAUAAUGCAUUCCGGAGUAAUGAUUGGUGGCACUUUGUCGAACCACAGCACUAUAUCCGAGCCGAUGACGGUACCGAAGCUGGUAAGGUGAUUGGAGCUGCUGACUGGGGCAGUGCAAGUAGUGACCCGGUGUCGGUGCACUCUGGUAUGUGCCAGGCCUAA